UUUUGCACACAAACUAAACUAGUAUCCGUGUUUUCCAUUCCCUCUAUGUCACACUAUAUAUAUUAACAACAACCUGCAGCACCCAUUCAUUCAUCUUCAACUUAUCAAUAUUCUCCAUACACACAACAAAUUAGACACUACCUUGUUCUUACAUUCCACACACACAAAAUAACUAUUAGCAAUUUGGCAUCAUCAAGAAUGAGUUCAACAAGCCGUGCUUGGACUUGGACCGUGGCAGCAAGUGUUGGAGUGGUGGAGGCCUUGAAGGAUCAGGGUAUCUGCAGGUGGAACAGCGUGAUGAGAUCAGCACAACAACAUGCUAAACAUAAUAUGAGGUCUUUGUCUCAGACCAAGAAGCUUUCUUCUCAACCAUCUGCUAUGGCUUCAGCCAAAUUGAAAGAUGAGAAAGCUAAGAAGUCAGAAGAGUCUUUGAGAACCGUUAUGUAUUUGAGUUGCUGGGGUCCCAACUAAACAAAGAUGCAUAGAUAUGCAAUUCUCGAUUUCUUUUUCUUCUUCUUGGAAUAUGAAUUGAAGGAAGAUGAGGAGUGGAAGAGCCAGAAGGUGCACCCACGAAUCACAGAAGUGUCUUAACUGUCAAAUGACAUGUUACAGGCAUGCUGUUGAUUUGAUCCGAUCGAAUCAGAAGCUUAAUUAAUCGAGAAAUGAGUCUGAAGCAUGCAUUUGGAAGAGCGAUCAACAUUGAAUCAUCAUUGGAAUCAUGAAAUUUGAGACAGAAAUUGCUAUUAUGUAUAGGAUUUUUUAUUUGAUGACCAGGGUUAUGUAUGUAUUAUGUAUAGAAUUUAUAAAGCCAACAAGUCUUGAGAAAUGACUUUUCUCUCUGAAUUUUUCCUGUGUUAUUUUUCGUGGCAUCCACUUCUUAUUGUGAAAAUAUUCAAAGUUAAUUAAAGGAAGUAAGACUUAUGCCGUUCAAUAAA